GACAAUUUAUUUUUCUUUCUGCACCAGAUGGAAAAAUUUGGUUAUAAAAAAUACCUUCACACGAGGAAACAAAACCCUUCAAUCAGCAUUUUUUUCACUACUUAAAUAUUUAUAAUACAAAACCUGUCAACAGUGGAACCAUCAAGUGUCAUUUUACUUGUUUACAAGUACCGGAAUUAUGUUAAAUUAUGUAGAAGGUUCUACACUGUAGGAGAACACUCUGUAUAUAAAAAACCUCCCUUAACCACCUGUUCCUCAAUAAAAUAUUUUGGAAUUCCCAACUUUCUCCUUUCUAAUCCCUUUCAGGGAAAAUCUCAUCCCUAUUACUCCCUUCCAAAAUCCCAUUCAAUUACACCAAAUACAUAAACAUGUAACUUGUAAAAACUAAUUUCUAUUCGAUCAUCCAACCACAUCCGCAUCAUCCACACACUCGCCUUCAUCUCUCUCCCACCCACACAUCUUAACAGUCAUCGACAAAGACGCACUUUCUACACCAUGCAAAACCACCACCGUCUAUAUUCAAAACCUGCCGAAUAAAUGAAUGGCAUUAUUGAAAUCAUCUGUAUAAAACGAGAUUAGAUCAAUCGGAUAACCCAGACGACGUCUCCACUCCGUACUGAAACGUUGUUCUCUGGUGGAUUUGUCCGCGGUGCAUCUUCACAAUGUUCUUCAUCCAAAUCACACAAUUCACAAUUUAUUUAAUUGCUUUCGUGGUGUUUGCCACCAUAUUCGCCAUAGCUGAAUCUACGAGACAACGACAGGGGAAAUACCGUCCACCAAGUCCGUUAAAAUUGCCCAUAAUUGGACACUUGCAUCUCUUGGCAGGAUAUCAAGUACCUUAUCAAGCUUUCACAUCGCUAUCGAAGAAAUUCGGAAGUGUGUUUAGUCUUCAGUUGGGGUACGUCAAGUGUGUGGUGAUCAACGGACAGAAGAACAUAAGAGAAGCUUUAGUCACCAAAGGACACCAUUUCGAUUCCAGACCGAAUUUUGAACGCUACCAACAACUCUUCUCCGGAGACAAGGAAAACUCUUUGGCUUUCUGUAAUUGGUCUUUGACUCAGAAAACACGACGCGAUAUGCUAAAAGCGUAUACUUUUCCUCGAGCUUUCACCAAUCGAUUUUACACUUUGGAAGAAUUGAUCAAUAGUGGGACUAAAUCCGUCAUUUCGGCCCUUUCGACCAACACAAGUCCUACAAAAUCGAUCAUUUCGCGGAACUGUGCCAACAUUUUCACUCGGCAUUUCUGCUCGAAAAACUUCAAUGUUGACGAAAAAUCCUUCAUCGAAAUGGUCGACAAUUACGACGAAAUCUUCUACGAAGUCAACCAAGGCUACGCUGCUGAUUUUCUGCCAUUUUUGUUGCCUUUUCACGAGAAAAACCUCAAACGGGUCAAUGGCAUCACGCACAAAAUCCGCGAUUUCGUCUUGGAACAAAUCAUCGAAAGUCGAUUUGAUAAUUUCGACCCCCAGAGUGAACCAGACGAUUACGUCGAAAGCUUGAUCAAGUAUGUCAAAAGUGGGGAAUCACCAGAUUUGUCAUGGGACUCGGCCCUUUUUGCUCUGGAGGACAUCAUCGGGGGUCACUCGGCCGUUGCUAAUUUCCUAGUCAAACUCUUCGCCUUCUUGGCUAAAGAACCCCAAGUCCAGAGAAACAUCCACAAGGAGAUUGAUCGAGUUUUGGGGACUAAGGAAGUGGCAAUCUCCCACAGGACUCUUCUUCCAUACACAGAAGCCACAAUUUUCGAAGCGAUUCGUUUAAUCGCGUCACCAAUCGUUCCCAGAGUUGCCAACCGUGACAGUUCAAUCAAUGGUUUACAAAUCGAAAAAGGCACCGUGAUUUUUUUGAACAAUUACGACCUAAGUAUGUCUCCGGAGUUAUGGGACGAGCCGGAAAAGUUCAAACCGGAGAGAUUCAUCAGAGAAGAGCGUUUAGUCAAACCUGAGCAUUUCUUACCUUUCGGUGGUGGUAGGAGGAGUUGUAUGGGUUAUAAGAUGGUACAAUUGGUCAGUUUUGGGAUUUUGGGUGGGAUUAUGCAGAAUUUUACCAUCGAUGCUAACGAUACGAGUUACAAGGUUCCAGUAGGGUCGCUGGCAUUGCCGAAAGAUACCUUCACGUUUAAAUUUAUUAGACGAUAAUUUCACCGGAAGUAUUUCAAAUUGACAAGAGUACAAAAAUUGUGUGCUGGUUUCAGGCACGUCUCAAGUGAUAUGUUACGAAUGAAAUUUGUAUUUUUAUCAAAUCCUGUAACGUGUUAUUAUGUAACCCAAUUAUGUAUUAUUAGUUUAAGUAUUUUAUAUUAAAUUAAGUAAUUAAUAUAUGCAUAAGUGG